AUGUUGAAAUGGAUCCAAGGCGGUCUUUCCGCGGUGACGGGGAUCGCUGAACCAGAGUAUGGUGCAGACUAUAUACACACGGUUACAGACCGUGUGAGGGGCAAACAACCGUUUCGGGAGACCAAUCGAGAGGAUCUGGAGUGGUUGAAACCGGAUCAUACCAAUGUGGAGACCGUGACUUUCUAUUUCAGCGACAGUGCUACCGGAAUUGUUGGGUUCGCUCAGAUUAUACACUCGAACAUUGUCGGUAUACACACGCAAGCACAGUUUACGUUUCGGAUCUUUAAUGCAAGGAAGCCGCAGGAGCUGAACGCGUGGACCUCGACGAAGCUGGAGGAGUUCCGCAUCGAGGGACCGAAUUUCUACGCUCGCGGCCUUUCGUUGGAGCUGAACGAGGACAACAACCAGUACCAUUUCCUAUCGGAAGUGAACGCUAAGACCAAGAUAGACCUGGUGGUGACGCGGUUGACACCCGGCUGCAAGGUAGGCGACGACCCCAACACCUACUACGGUGACAACGUCGAGGAACCGUGGGGCUCCAUGAGACACGUGUUUUGGCCCAGGAAUAAGGUCCACGGUACCAUCACGCUGUGCAAGCCGGAGCCGCAGUCGGGCGAGGAGGAAGAGCAGGAAGAGCAGCCGGAGGACGAGGAACCCGCCGAGGAACCCUUGGGCGCCCGUAACAGCGUCUACGAGGAUCAAACCAUCACGUUUGCCGAGUCGAAACCGGCGUUCUCGAUGUUCGUGAUGGCGUUCCAGGGCAUGAAGCCGCACCACGCCGCCAAGGCGUGGAACUUCAUGCAUUUCCACUCGGAGAAACACUCUGCCGUGCUGAUGGAGUUCACGACGCCCAAGUCGUACGCAAAUACAAAAGUGACAAUCGGGAUCCUGACCACAGACUCAGACAUCCUGUCGGUGACCAUCGACAACGAAGUGCGCCAUCUCGACGCCGAGGUCGACUCUGUCGGCUGGAACGUCCCCAAGGCCAUCAGCAUCGACUACGACGGCUGCCCCAAGGACCUGCCCGACGAUGCGGUCGCCACAGGCGACCGCAUCAGGGCAACGGCCGAGGGGCCCCUUGACAACCUUGUCGAGCGCAUUGACGUAAUGAGCGAGAUCCCCAGCUUCAUCAAGACCAUUGUCUCGGGCGUCGCAGGCACCAAGCCCUACAUCUACCAGUACGCGACCGACGACUUUGCCCUGGAGCUAGCGGGCAGCGCCCGCGAGAAGGGCAUCGCCUGGAUAGAAGUCACUUUCAUCUCCGAGUCAGAGCUGGUCACGGAAGAGGCCUACGACGAGCAAUAA